CAUGCGUUGAUUGGCCACAUGGGAAGAUGGCGUACAUUUUUUACGUGUACGCCUGCUAGUGAGAGUGGCCUGGCCUAGCCCCCCGUAUCUCCUCUCCUCUCAUACUAGUCUUCUUGUCCCAGUGGACACGUCUUCUCCGAGAAGUUUAAGUGUGUCGUCUUGACUGUUGUUAGUUGUGACUACAUCAUGCCUGGGACGUUUGUACACCACAGCCCAGCUCCAUGGAUUCCUCGUACCCUGACCCUGGCCACAUCGGCAGGGCCUUUGUGAAGCAGUACUACACUCAGCUGCACCACGACCCGUCACAGAUGCACCGCUUCUACCUGGAGCAGUCGUCCAUGGUGCACGGGGGGUCAGAGGUCGGCAGUGCCCAGAGAGUCAUUGGACAGAAG